AAAAUAUUCAUAUUAUUUGUCAGUAUUCUCACUCCUCACUAGCCACGCCAAAAUAGCUUCAUCGAAGAGAGAGAAAAUCAAGAAAAGCUUGAAUCUGCAACAAUGGAGGACGAAUUGUUGAAGCGUAACACUGACUGUGUCUAUUUCUUGGCCUCUCCUUUCACAUGCAAGAAGGGUGUAGAGUGUGAGUAUCGGCAUAGUGAAAUGGCGAGGUUGAACCCACGGGAUUGCUGGUAUUGGAUGUCUGGAAAUUGCCUAAAUCCGACUUGUGCAUUUCGCCAUCCGAAAUAUGAUGGGAUUGAGGUUUCAGCAACCUAUGAUAUUUCGCCUCCUCAAAUAGAUUGGAAGACGAUGAAGCCGUCGGAGUUUCAAAUUAUUGGUAACAAGAGAUACUUGGUGUAGAGCAGCACGAGUCAGGAGAGGGUACGUUGUGUCUGUCUUCACAGUACCAAAAUUGUAUUUUGAAGAUGUGGUUCAUCCUGUUUUAACUUAAGCUAUCUAAUUACGUUUGUGUUUGUUAAUUUUAAAAAUAAGCACUUUGAUGCUCAGUUUAUUGUUCCUGUUUGUGAUAUAAGUAUUGGUUGUGUUGUAUUAUAAAUUUAUGACGGUGAAUCUAUAUUAAGUACUUGUUUUCUAGACCUCUCA